AUGAUGCUGGCAGCGGCGGCAGCGGCGGCCGCAUCGGCAGCGCCAUCCAACAGCAACAGCAACAGUAUCAGCAACAGUAACGAGCCCCCCAACAGCUACGCCGGCGGCCACGGCACCGGCAAAAUCGGCACCACUGCUACUGCUGCUGCUGUAGCAAUCGGUGGCAGCGUGACGGCUGCUCCGAACGGUAGCAGCAGCUGCAACGGUUACGCUGCCGACGUGUCCCCGCUGAACAGUGCCGUCUCGAUUGCCACCUCCUCGUCGCCGCCGGCAUCGACCUCGUCGUCCUGCUCGCUGGUCGGCGGCACUGCCAAUCCACACCUCGUAUCGCCGUCACCUGCCGCCGUGCUGCUGGACGAGAAGCAGCAGCUGGUACUGCCGUCGUCCGUCUCGGAACCGAUGUUGGUGCCACCGUCGAUCAAGGCAGGCGCAAGCGUUGGUACGGGCCCGUCGCAUCGCUCGGUAGCGGUUGCACCUAGCGCAACGGAACCCACUGGCACCAGCACGCUGUUGGGGUCGAAAGCGCCCGUGACAACUUCCGCCACCGUUGCGAUGCCGACGCAAUCCGCAAAGCAGCAGCAACUGCGCCACACAAAGCAGCACGUGCCGCCGUCGUUAGCGUCCGCUGCUGCGACCACUUCGCGACCGUUGUCCGACGCGUUCACGAGCUCCUCCCGCAAACCGGGCGCCACGGGCACUGCACCUACGAGCACGCAUCGUAUCGCCCUGCCGGUUGGACACAAAAUUGAUGGUGCCAGCACAAACGACACGCACGUCGGCAACGUGAUGGUGGCAAAUGUUGCCGGUGGCAGUUGCAAAACGAACCCGGCUGCCGCCACGGUGGCGGUUAAUGCGCCCGGUGCCGUCGCCGCCGCCGCUGCGGCAGCCCAUCCGCCGCAGCAGAGCAUCAACCUGAACGUGAACCAUCACGUCAUCUCGACGCCGAUCGUGGUCGACUUCUCCAACAUGACGGUGAACUGUGUGCAGCUGCAGGAGGCGGCGGCCCAGCACCCGAACCCGAUCGCGGCCGCCGCCGCCGCCAUGGCGGCCGGGUAUGGGGCGGCCGCCGCUGCAGCCGCCUCCGUCCCGGCGGCGAUCGGCGCACGGCCACCGGCCGGCAAAUGA